AUGACGUCUUCUAGUGAAACAGAAAUGAAGCCCUCUCAGCUUGGAUUCAAGGAUGCUCUCAGACUGUGUGUAGAUACCACAGAUAUUGACGUCAUCAUUGAUCUAACAAGGCAUCAGAACCCUCAGGUUAGACAGCGAGCUCUGCGUGAGAUGUGUCCUUGUCGAGUUCAGAAAGAUAUCACUGACUUCUGGAACCGUGUGUUUGAGAUGUUGAACGACCCAGAUGCUAAUGUCAGGUAUCAAGUUCUGCAUACAUUAUGUGACGGUAGCCCAGAGCAUUUGGAAGAUUCUGUUGCCGAGGCGCUUGAUGAGUUCAAUAGAGAUCCUGACGCCAAAAUCAGAAGGCAAGCCCAUAGAGCUCUCACCUCAUACAGACGUACCGGAAAGUGGAACAUUUUAUAG